AUGAUGAUGAUGUGCCGUCUGCUGUGCGCUCUGUUGGUGCUCACCCUGUGCUGCUGCCCGUCCGUGUGCGCGGCAGAGAAUGGUGUUAAAGAUGAAAAUGUUGAACAAGGCCCCAAUCCAACGAAGACUGAGCCAGACGGACCAGAUCAGGCGAGCGAUCCACGUGUUCCUGUAGGCCCAAGCGUACAACACAAUUUAUCCGAGGUGCGAGGUCCGGCCCAAUCGGUACAGCUAUCGGCAGCAGGUCAUGUGGCCGGUCUGUCACCGUCACCAGGCACUUCCGGUGAGGAGAAGGGUCGAGGAGCUGCCGGUGAUCCCGCUGGUUCUGCGAGUGGUAAUGGAGUGCGGUUGGGGUCAGCACAUAUUCAAAAACCCGUGCCAGGAGAAGCGGGCGCCGAAGCACCAGCACCAAAUGAACAAGACGAAGGAAGAGAAAAACCCACUUCUCUAGAAGAAUCUUUGCCAACAAAAGGAGUUGGAGCAGAAGUGGAGGAGGAAGAAGAUGAAGGAAUUGAUGAUGAAACAGAAGCAGAAAACACACGACAAGUACAAGAAAAAGGUCAAGGACAACAGCUCACGCAACCGCAACAUCAAAGUCUACAAAGUGGAAAUGCACAACAACAUGAAUUACAAGGCAAAGCACGACAACAAGAACAUAACCCUGCACAGGAACAGCAAAUAAAACAACAACAAGAGAAGCAAUUGCAACUCCUAACAAAAGACGGAGAUCAGGAAAGCAAUGCAGAACGACACGAACAACAACAACAACAACAACAACCGCAACAGCCAGAACACUCCUUAAACAAAGACGAGGAGUUCAGGAACAAACAAAACCUUACGGAUACAAAAGAAAACGCAACUAAACACAACGGUGACAGUGACAGCAGCACUGCAGUCUCCCACACCACCUCCCCUCUUUUGCUUCUUCUUCUUGUUGUUGCGUGUGCGGCUGCUGCUGCGGUGGUGGCCGCGUGA